AUAGUAUCUCUCUACCUAUAAAAUACACCAGCUCGCUCUCUCUCUGUUUUUUCUCGCUUUUUUCUUCCAUACAAAUAUAAAAUCAAUUGUCUCCGCUGUUUCUUCGACAUUCUCUUUCUCUUCGCGUUCGUUCGAUGCUACAGUCUGCUAUCUAAAUGGUGUCACUGCAAGUAGUGUUCGUGGUUUUCACCUUUAUACUCCAUGCAACAACAGUGACGUCUACACCCCACCAUGACCUUAUCUUCAAGACAUUCUCUUCAGCCAACUUUUCCAAGAACCAGCCCUGGGUCGGACCCAUCGGCCACCGUCAAAUCACGGUUGACAUUAAUGGCGGUGGCCACUACCGGUCCGUUCAAGACGCCGUCGAUGCCGUCCCAGACAACAACAGAAGGAAUAUCUUCAUUAAAAUCAACGCCGGAUGCUACAAAGAAAAGGUGGUGGUGCCCGUGACGAAGCCGUACAUAACUUUUGAGGGUGCAGGUAGAGAAGUGACGGUGAUAGAAUGGCAUGAUCGAGCCAGUGACCCUGGUCCCAGUGGACAGCAGCUUCGUACUUACAGAACCGCUUCUGUUACUGUUUUUGCCAGUUAUUUUUCUGCCAGAAACAUCAGCUUCAAGAACACAGCGCCUGCACCAUUGCCGGGGAUGCAGGGAUGGCAAGCGGUGGCGUUUCGCAUAUCCGGCGAUAAGGCAUACUUCUCCGGCUGCGGGUUCUACGGCGCACAAGACACACUUUGUGACGAUGCUGGCAGACAUUACUUCAAGGAAUGCUACAUUGAAGGAUCCAUCGAUUUCAUUUUUGGCAAUGGCAGGUCCAUGUACAAGGAUUGCUGGCUGCACUCAAUAGCAAGCAGGUUUGGGUCGAUAGCGGCCCAGGACAGGAAGCAGGAGGAGGAGAAGACAGGGUUCGCAUUCGUAGGAUGCAGGGUGACAGGUACAGGUCCACUCUAUGUGGGACGAGCAAUGGGACAGUAUUCUAGAAUCGUCUACUCCUACACAUAUUUCGAUGACAUUGUUGCACAUGGUGGUUGGGAUGAUUGGGACCAUGCAGACAAUAAGAACAAGACUGUGUUCUUCGGAGUGUACAAGUGUUGGGGACCAGGAGCAGAGGCUGUUCGUGGGGUUUCACUGGCCCGAGACUUGGAUUUUGAAACGGCUCAUCCAUUUAUCAGGAAGAGUUUCGUCAAUGGCAGACACUGGAUUGCACCAUCUGAUGCUUAGUCAUAACAUAACUUAUUUUUUUUUUUUUUACUGUUAACCAUUCAACAGUUACUUUUCACAUUCUUUCAUUUAUUUGUUCUUGUCAUCAUAGAAAUUCACUUAUUUGUUUUUGUCAAUAUACUCACUUGUUGUCUUUCAUUCUUAUUUCAUGUGCAAUUAAUCAAUGAUUUCAAAAAUAAAUUAGUUUCUUUUUGUCA